AUGGCCCCUUCCAUUUUUUCUCGGUUCUUUCCUCUUCUUCUCCUUACCUUGACCUCGGUGGCUGCUGUGGGGGUGGAACUGGAGAAACGCGACGACGCUGCUGCUAAAAAACUCGUUCCCGGGGGUUAUAUCCCCAAGAAAUUUCCCGCUGUUUUGGGGCUGAUCCUCUACGGCUUUUCUGGCAUUCUGCAUUGGAUUCAUUUUGCGCGGUCUCCUGUCAGAUGGAUACUGGCUUUGCCCAUCGGCAUGAUAACUAUGGCAAUUGGGUUUGGACUGCGCCUGUACUUUGUCAGCCAUAUGACGAAAGGCAUCUACAUUGCCAUGUAUCUGUUUAUCCUUCUCUCUCCUUGCCUCUACCUUGCUGCCGACUACGCGAUCCUCUCGCACCUCACGGCGACGUUUGACAAGUCGAUCACAGACCGUGCAUUACUCAUCAGGCCCACGCGCAUCGUGCGCAUAUUCGUCUGGAGCGACGUGCUUACGUUUCUGAUACAAGCUGGGGGUGGGACAAUGCUCACGAACGAUAAUCCAAACACCCGGAAACUGGGCAGCAAAGUUGCGAUGAUCGGCCUUAUCCUGCAGGGCCUUUCAUUCAUGCUGUUCACUGUGCUGGUGCUUUUGUUUGCAUAUCGAGUCCGCCGACGUUUCCCUGAAGCAUGGGGGCCCAAGCGCAUACGAUGGGAAGAGCUCUCCCCUGUCUUCGGCUCCACACCCAUCGACGAGUGGCGGCCACUACUCUUCGUCGUGGUGAUCACCUGCAUCGGUAUCCUCAUCCGCUCCGUCUUCCGCCUCAUCGAAUUUGCGGAGGGCUCCAAUGGCUACCUCCAGAGCCGCGAAGGGUUCUUCUACGCGCUGGAUGCGCUGCCGCUCUGGAUCAGCAUGUCGCUCUACUGCAUCGUGUGGCCGGCCCGGUUUACACAGAAUACGCGGGAAAGCAGCGCCGCUGCCUUCCAGAUGGGUCCCGGGUCGAAGGUGGGGCUGGCUACAGGUGUUGCAUAG